AUGUAUAUUUGCAGAUCCUACAGCACGGAAAAAUCAAAGGAGACCAAAUCGUCGACGUCAUCGACAUCAUCGCGCGAUAAUUUAUUCGCACGAAUCGAAGAGCGUCGCAUACGGGUAUACUCGCGCUCACGCUCCAGGAAUCGUUCACGAUCUCGCAGUUCCUCUCGAACGCCGUUACGCAGUGCACGUUAUCGUGAUGCGUCGCCGAAAAGACAUCGCGAGUACAGAAGCGGCCGUUUAAGUCGCUCUCGUUCACCACCACGUGACCACUACAGAUCGAGAUUUCGAGACGGACGUGAAGAUGCCCGCCCCUGCAGAUGCGUUGGCAUCUUUGGAAUGAACGUCGAUACUUCGGAACGGGAUUUGGAGAACAUUUUUGGCGAAUUUGGAGAAAUUGACUACAUAAAAAUUGUUCGUGAUCAUGUAACGGGAAGAAGCCGCGGGUUUGGUUUUGUCUACUACCAUAGAACGCGGGACGCUGCAGCGGCCAAAGCAGAGCUCAAAGACGCACGUAUCGACGGAAUGAGAGUUCGAGUAGACUUCUCCGUCACCAAUGGUUCUCCAUUUUAUCGAGGAGGGAUAAGUGGACGCACACGAAGGCUAUCUGAUUCCUCACGGUGA